AUGUCUGUUAUUAUUCCUACUGCGCCUGUCACUCCUCCAUUGGAGGCUACGGGCGAUCGGUUAGUCGCUUUGGAGUUGAAAGAUGGCACUUCGCUAUUGGGUUAUUCAUUUGGUGCUGAAAAGUCGGCGGCUGGUGAAUUGGUGUUCCAGACUGGUAUGGUUGGCUAUCCCGAAUCGAUCACCGACCCGUCCUACGAAGGCCAGAUCUUGGUUAUCACGUUCCCCUUGGUCGGCAACUACGGUGUGCCAGAUCGCCAGUUAGCCGAUGAGAUAGUCGAAGGGUUGCCAAGGUACUUCGAGAGUAAUAGGAUCCAUGUGGCCGGUUUGGUCAUUUCGCAUUACACAGAGCAAUACUCACAUUGGCUUGCAAAGUCUUCACUGGGCAAGUGGCUGAAGGAAGAAGGCGUUCCAGCGGUCUAUGGUGUGGACACCAGGGCGCUGACCAAGCAUCUGAGAGAUAAAGGUUCGAUGUUGGGUAGACUUGCCUUGCAAAGAAGCAGUUCUACUAAUGUUGACGUUGGAUCUCCACUUUGGAGGGACUCCUUUGACGUGCCACAAUGGUACGAUCCAAACGUGCAGAAUUUGGUUGCUCAGGUUUCGACGAAGGAGCCACAUCUGUACCUGCCUCCAACAGAUCAUGAGCGUGUUAAAUUGCAAAAAGGCCCGGAUGGUAAGACUUUGAGGAUUCUUGCCAUUGAUGUGGGUUUGAAAUUCAACCAGAUUCGUUGUUUCGUUAACCGUGGUGUGGAAUUGAUGGUCGUGCCAUGGGACUACGACUUCACUCAAGAGCAGUACGAUGGUCUGUUCAUCUCCAAUGGUCCUGGUGACCCAUCGGUGCUCACUGACUUGGCAAAUAGAUUAACCGCUGUGGUACAAUCUAAGAAAACACCUAUUUUCGGUAUUUGUUUGGGUCAUCAAUUGCUCGCAAGAGCCAACGGUUUUUCCACCAUGAAGCUAAAGUUCGGUAAUCGUGGCCACAAUAUCCCAUGUACCUCCACCAUCAGUGGCAGAUGUUACAUCACGUCUCAAAACCAUGGUUUCGCUGUCGACGCCGAGUCCAUGAGCGAUGGUUGGGAGCCUCUUUUUACGAAUGCCAACGACUCCUCUAACGAGGGUAUGUACCACAAGGAAUUACCUUACUUCUCUGUGCAAUUCCAUCCUGAGUCAACUCCAGGCCCCAGAGAUACCGAAUUUUUGUUCGACGUUUUCAUCCAAGCGGUAAAGGAUCACAAAUCGACCGGCAUCCUAAAACCAGUUGAGUUCCCAGGUGGAAAGAUCGAGGACAAUAGGAAGGCACAUCCAAGAGUCGAACCAAAGAAAGUGCUUGUCCUGGGUUCCGGGGGUUUAUCCAUUGGUCAAGCUGGUGAAUUUGAUUACUCGGGGUCUCAAGCUAUCAAGGCUUUGAAAGAAGAAGGCAUUUACACAAUCCUGAUCAAUCCAAACAUUGCAACCAUUCAAACAUCCAAGGGUCUGGCAGAUAAGGUUUACUUCUUACCCGUCACUGCCGAAUUCGUUAGAAAAGUCAUUCUACAUGAACGCCCUGACGCUAUCUACGUCACUUUUGGUGGCCAAACCGCUUUAUCGGUCGGUAUCGAAAUGAAGGAUGAAUUCGAGACUCUUGGAGUCAAGGUCCUCGGUACUCCAAUUGAUACUGUUAUCACCACUGAGGACCGUGAACUGUUUGCCCAAGCCAUGGCAGAAAUUGACGAAAAAUGCGCAAAGUCCCAAGCUGCUAAUUCCGUCGAGGAAGCGCUAGCUGCUGUGAAGAAUAUUGGUUUCCCAGUCAUUGUUCGUGCCGCUUAUGCUUUGGGUGGUUUAGGUUCUGGUUUUGCAUACAAUGAACAAGAGCUGAUCGAUCUUUGUAAUGUUGCCUUUGCUUCUUCUCCCCAAGUUCUAGUUGAAAGAUCAAUGAAGGGUUGGAAAGAGGUUGAGUACGAAGUUGUGCGUGAUGCGUUCGACAACUGUAUCACGGUUUGUAACAUGGAGAAUUUUGAUCCUUUGGGUAUUCACACUGGUGAUUCUAUUGUCGUUGCACCAUCUCAAACGCUUACCGACGAAGAUUACAAUAUGCUGAGAACUACAGCUGUCAACGUCAUUAGACAUCUAGGCGUGGUUGGUGAAUGUAACAUUCAAUACGCUUUGAAUCCAUUCUCCAAGGAGUAUUGUAUCAUUGAAGUGAAUGCGCGCUUAUCCCGUUCUUCGGCAUUGGCAUCCAAGGCUACUGGUUAUCCUCUGGCUUAUACCGCAGCCAAAUUGGGUCUCAACAUUCCAUUGAACGAGGUCACCAACUCAGUAACAAAAUCCACCUGUGCAUGCUUUGAACCAUCGUUAGAUUAUUGUGUUGUGAAAAUGCCAAGAUGGGAUUUGAAAAAAUUCACUAGAGUCUCAACUGCCUUAUCUUCCUCUAUGAAAUCUGUUGGUGAAGUGAUGAGUGUUGGUAGAACAUUCGAGGAAGCUAUUCAGAAAGCAAUCAGAUCCACUGAGUAUAGCAACCUAGGUUUCAAUGAGACCGCGCUGGAUAUUGAUAUCGACUAUGAGCUAAAAAAUCCAUCCGAUUUACGUAUUUUUGCAAUUGCUAAUGCUUUUGCUAAGUUGGGAUACUCUGUUGAUCAGGUUUGGGAAAUGACUAACAUUGAUAAAUGGUUUUUGAACAAGUUGUACGAUCUGGUUAAAUUCUCGAAGAAAGUGGCAGAUUUUGGUAGCAAAGAGAAUUUGCCUCCAAUUGUUUUAAAGCAAGCCAAACAAUUAGGUUUCGACGAUAGACAAAUUGCUAAAUUCCUCAACUCAAAUGAAGUUGCUAUUCGUCGCUUGAGGAAGGAGUACGGUAUCACGCCUUUCGUUAAGCAGAUUGAUACUGUUGCUGCCGAAUUUCCAGCAUUCACUAAUUAUUUGUACAUGACUUACAAUGCUGCUGCGCACGAUUUGGACUUCAAGGAUAAUGGUGUUAUGGUCUUAGGUUCCGGUGUCUAUCGUAUCGGUUCUUCGGUCGAAUUCGACUGGUGUGCAGUGACGGCCGUCAGAACUCUACGUGCCAAUAAGAUCAAGACUAUCAUGGUCAACUAUAAUCCAGAAACUGUCUCGACUGAUUACGACGAAGCUGAUAGACUAUACUUUGAGACUAUCAACCUUGAAAGGGUUCUUGAUAUUUAUGAAAUUGAAAACUCGGCAGGUGUUGUUGUCUCCAUGGGUGGUCAAACUUCAAAUAAUAUAGCUAUGUCGCUACACCGUGAAAACGUUAAAAUUUUGGGUACUUCUCCAGAAAUGAUUGACAGUGCAGAAAAUCGUUACAAGUUCUCACGUAUGCUUGAUCAAAUUGGCGUUGAUCAACCAGCCUGGAAAGAGUUGACUUCAAUGGAAGAAGCCGAGGAAUUCGCCGACAAAGUUGGUUAUCCUGUUUUAGUCCGUCCUUCUUACGUCUUGUCAGGCGCGGCAAUGAACACGGUAUAUUCCAGAGAUGAUCUUGAAUCAUAUCUGAACCAAGCUGUCGAGGUUUCUCGUGAUUAUCCGGUUGUUAUCACUAAAUAUAUCGAAAAUGCCAAAGAAAUUGAAAUGGAUGCUGUGGCUAGAGAUGGUGAGCUGGUCAUGCACGUCGUUUCGGAGCAUGUCGAAAAUGCCGGUGUGCACUCCGGUGACGCAACUCUGAUUGUUCCACCUCAGGAUCUGGAUCCUGAGACUGUCAACCGAAUCGUGGUUGCUACAGCAAAGAUUGGUAAAGCUUUGAAAAUUACAGGACCUUUUAAUAUUCAAUUCAUAGCCAAGAACAACGAGAUCAAGGUCAUCGAAUGUAAUGUUCGUGCUUCGCGUUCCUUCCCAUUUAUAUCGAAAGUGGUUGGUGUCAAUUUGAUUGAGUUGGCAACCAAAGCAGUGAUGGGUCUGCCUUUCACACCUUAUCCCGUUGAGAAACUACCUGACGACUACGUGGCUAUUAAGGUUCCACAAUUCUCUUUCCCACGUCUUGCCGGUGCGGAUCCCGUGCUUGGUGUCGAGAUGGCGUCCACAGGUGAGGUUGCCACUUUCGGCCACUCGAAAUACGAGGCGUACCUAAAAUCUUUGUUGUCUACCGGGUUCAAAUUACCAAAGAAGAAUAUUCUAUUAUCGAUCGGUUCUUACAAAGAGAAACAAGAGCUGUUGCCGUCAGUGAAAAAGUUGUGCAACAUGGGUUUCAAGCUCUUUGCAACUGCCGGUACAGCUGAUUUCAUUUCCGAGCAUGGUAUCCCUGUACAGUACUUGGAGGUUUUGAACCAAGAGGACGAUGAGAAGUCAGAAUACUCUCUAACCCAGCAUUUGGCUAACAAUAAAAUUGACUUGUACAUCAAUUUGCCCUCAGCAAAUAGAUUCCGCCGCCCUGCCUCUUAUGUUUCAAAAGGUUAUAGAACUCGUCGUAUGGCAGUGGAUUAUUCGGUUCCUCUCGUUACUAAUGUUAAGUGCGCAAAAUUGCUAAUCGAAGCUCUAUCGCGUAAUUUAAACCUCGAUGUCUCUGAUCGUGAUGCGCAAACCUCUCAUAGAACAGUUACUGUACCAGGCUUUAUCAACAUUGCCACUUUCGCUGCAAAUUCCUCAAACGUCAUCAAAGGUCCGGCCGAGUUGAAGGAGGUUACAAGAUUAUCUUUGGAAUCCGGAUUUACUUACUGUCAGCUAAUGGCUAGAUCACUAGCAGGCCCUAUAAUCUCUGAUCCAACUUCGUUAAAGUCUGCCUUCUCUGCAUCACAAGACUCAGCCUAUACGAACUUCUCAUUCACAGUUGCAGGAACCGCAAACAACGUUGAUACCAUUGCGCAAACUGCCAAUGAAGUCAGCGCUUUGUUUUUGCCGUUCCGUGAACUAAAGAACAAGGUGUCGACCGUUGCCGCGCUAUUGAAGAACUGGCCGAUUGAGAAGCAAGUCAUCGCUGAGGCCAAAACCUCUGACUUGGCCUCUGUUAUGCUGCUGGCUUCCUUACAGAACAGAUCUAUUCAUAUUACUGGUGUUUCAAAUAAAGAAGAUCUUUCUCUGAUUAUGACGGUCAAAGACAAGGAUUCUAAAGUAACUUGUGAUGUUAACAUUCACUCUCUAUUCGUCUCGCAAGAUGACUAUCCUGAAGCUCUCUUUUUGCCAACAAAAGAAGAUCAGGACUUUUUCUGGCAGAACUUAGAUGCCAUUGAUGCAUUCUCCAUCGGAGCACUACCAACUCUAUUGGCUCAAAUCACUGGCAACAAAGUUGAUGUUGGUCUUGGAAUCAAAGAUGCUUUGCCAUUACUUCUCUCAGCCGUUGAAGAAGGUAAGCUAACCAUUGAUGACAUCGUUGAGCGUUUGCAUGAGAAUCCAGCUCGUAUUUUUAACAUACCAGAGCAACUAGAUGCUGCUGUUGAGAUUGAUCUGGACCACUCAUUUAAACAUACCAAAAGAUGGUCACCAUACACAAAGGGCGGUCUCAACGGUGGCAUUGAACGUGUUCUUAUUAACAACGAGACUGUCGUUUUGAGCGGGGAUCUUGUCUCAUCCGCGCCAACGGGCAAACUAAUCACCACAGCUAAAGUGAUCCCCGGAAUCCCUGCAACUCCAUCCAGUGCGAACGAAACACCAUUGAGCAUUCAACCUCCUAGCGGAGUUAGGAGAAGAUUCUCAUUUUCGAACGAAAGGCUUAACUCAUUUACCAGCGUCGAUGGCGAAGCAGAAAAUGUUUUCGACCAGCCUUUGGAGCAAAGAUUGAUGUCAUCAAGACCACCUAAAGAGCUUAUUGCCCCUGGUGCAAUUGAGAAUCUCAUUCGCACCAACAACCCAUUCAAGGGGAGGCACAUUUUGUCUGUCAGACAAUUCAAGAGAUCCGAUUUCCAUGCUUUGUUCGCUGUUGCGCAAGAACUGAGAGCAGCUGUUGAGCGUCAAGGUGUGCUGGAUUUGAUGAAGGGCCGACUCAUCACGACAAUCUUUUAUGAGCCUUCUACUCGCACAUCGUCAUCGUUCAUUGCCGCCAUGGAACGUCUAGGUGGUAGAACAGUAAACAUAAAUCCAUCCGCUUCCUCUGUGAAGAAGGGCGAAACUUUGCAGGAUACCAUCAGAACUUUGGCCUGCUAUUCGGAUGCUAUCGUUAUGCGUCAUCCCGAUGAGAUGUCAGCUCACGUCGCUGCGAAGUACUCGCCUAUCCCAAUCAUUAAUGGCGGUAACGGUUCUCGCGAACAUCCAACCCAGGCUUUCUUGGAUCUUUUCACGAUUCGUGAAGAGCUUGGUACUGUGAACGGCAUUACUGUCACAUUCAUGGGUGACUUGAAAUACGGCAGACCUGUCCAUUCCCUGUGUCGUCUGUUGCAGCACUACCAAGUGAGAAUCAACCUGGUUUCUCCAAAUGAACUAAAAUUGCCUAAUGCUUUGCGCAAGGAACUAGCAGAAGCCGGCUUGCUAGGCGUUGAGAGUGAGAUCAUCAAUCCUGACAUUAUCUCCAAGUCCGAUGUGUUGUAUUGCACGAGAGUUCAACAGGAGAGAUUCGAGAACAAGGAUGAAUACGAACGUUUGAAGGAUGUUUACGUUGUCGACAACAAGAUCCUAUCUCAUGCCAAGAAACACAUGGCCAUCAUGCACCCACUACCUCGUGUAAACGAGAUCAAAGAAGAAGUGGACUACGAUCACCGCGCUGCUUAUUUCAGACAAAUGAGAUACGGUCUAUUUGUCAGAAUGGCUCUUUUGGCCAUGGUGAUGGGCGUCGAACUUUAG